AUGGAGACAGGAGAGAAAGUGGAGAAAGCAGCUGCGAAGGAGGCCAAGACGGACCUCAAGGAUAUGUCAUCGGCGGUUUUACAUUUCCAGCAGGCAGCGGAGAUGUUAUUUUCAUCCCCGGUGCAGGCUGCUCCAUGCCGGGGCAAGCUGGGUUUUAAGUGGGCGGUGCACAGCGUCAUCCUGAUGACUCGCUUCUGCCGCUACUUCAUAUCCCGUUCCAACUAUCGCCAAUUCAUUGAGUUCAACUUCCGGGAGACCAUCACCAACCAGCCGGCCGGUGGAACGGGUAAAAGUCUGGUGUUUGACCUGAACCACUUCAAAGUGAAAGAGGACCGGAUCCCUGUCCUGCUGGUGGAGAUUAUGCGGAAGUGCCCAGAGGAGCGUUCUGAGUCGGAGGUGUUGCUGGUUCACAACAUGCUGAGCUCUGUGAGCAUGUUCCGUCGCUACAGUGGAACCUUGCAACUCCUUCUGGCCAGGGUGGUUCGCUAUCAGAGGUUGGAGCGUCGCAGAGUGGUCAUUAAGAAGGGCCAUUGGGGACACAGCUUCUACUUUGUGUUCUCUGGGCUCCUGGCCGUCACCAAGGACACCGACGGUAGCAGUGCCUUCGUGGAUAAGGAGCCCAUCCUCAUCAAGAAGGGCAUGAGCUUCGGGGAUGUGGCCUUGAUCAAAACGCUGAGGAGGAAUGCCACUGUGGUGUGCAUGGAGGAGACGGAACUCAUGGUGGUCGACAAGGAAGACUUCUUCGCUAACAAGAUGGACGUAGAGCUCAAGAGGGAGUUCGACUAUCGCUUCAGCUUCUUCCGGUCACUCCAGCUAGUGUCCUCCUGGUCAUACUCUCUCAUUGAACAGAUGGCUGACCAUUCCAAGGCCGAGCAAUUUCGAUACGGCCACGUGGUCGUCAAGGACACCAACGACAUGGGCAACAUCAUUUUCAUUGGCAAGGGUCAAUGUGACGUGUUGAGAGUGGUGGACCUUACCUCCUGCAGUACCUACCAACGCCUCCUAAAACAGUAUGCAGACUCAGUAAGCAGAGGUACAUGUUUGCCAACACAUGGAUUCAAAGGCGAGCUGACAAACCAACCAGGAAGUGUCAUAAAACACAAAGUCCUCCUCAAUAAUCCUCCACGUCCUCCCAGAGGACUUCCUGCAGACCUGCCCACCAGCGCCUGUUUCCUGAUCGACACCCUUCAUCAGAGCGGCACAUUUGGUCUGAACCAGUACCUGAUGCCGUCGAAGCAGAGAGACUGUCGCAGGUUCACUCUGGUCAGCCAGAGCGUGGAGAUCCUGCGGGUGGAGAAGACUCGCUUUGACAAGCUGGUGGACAACACCACCAUGAAGAAGCUGGAGGCCCUGCAGAAAACCUACCCAAGCGACGACGAGCUGUGCACUGUGUUCCUGGAACACAGCCGGUGGAAGGACUACAAACACAGUGUGAUACAGGACCUGUUCCCGACCGGGUCGCCCCAAUCAGAAGCCCCAAAACCCAGAAGCAGCAGGGCCACUGUGGCCCCAGCCAGGCCCUUCAGCAGACCAGACACGUGGUCAACAGGCUGAAACAGACAAAGCAGAGGGUAGAGCCAAACAAAAAAUAAUUAAAUAAAGGAAUAACUGUGUAGAUGAAUGAAUACAUAGACAUGAUUUUAUCAAUAUGUUUCAAGUUUGAGCGUUUGCUGCAUUUUUCAUUAUUUUCAUCCUUAUGGCUCAUGCCUACCUUGCAACUAAAAACAAUUUCACGGCAUUUUAGUUAACAUCAGGCAGAAAUCAAAUUAUCUGCACACCAUAAUACCUUUUCUCAAGAAGAAUGGUUUUGAAGUAUAAUUUCUCAUGAGUGGGUCAUGAGAAAACAUACUUUAAACCCUUCUGCCCCUGCCUCUGCUCUCUGCGAGUAGAAAGCUGAAGGAACUCGGUUGUCACUAGUUAACACAGCCACGGAGUCGAAAUUGGCUAUAUUGUAAAUAAAAAUAAAGAAAACAAAAAUGUGUUUUAUUAUCUUAAUGUAAGGUUAGGUUUAGAUAUAAGGUUAGUAGUGUGCUUAGGGUUAGGUGUAAAAACAGAUCUUAAGAAGAUAAAUUGUAGAAAUAGACAGAGGGUUUAGACAUACUUAUGGCUAUGUUCCUCUGCCCAGUUGUUGAUGAUGCAUGCUACAUCUUACAAAGCCUGGAUAUUUUUUAAGUAUCAGCUUGCCACAUCAUGGACACAAUCCCCUGCUCAGAUGUUGCAUAUAUCAACCAAUGGUUCCGUGCGACGUCGUCGACAGUGUCAUCCCCUGACAGAUUGCGAUAACAUAUGAUGUUACGACUGAGGAACUCCUAUAAUUUUACCCUAGUAGGCGGUAACUGCAUAACAACAUGGUGAUCAGCUGAAAGUAACCAAUCACAGCCAAACUUAAACUCGGUUCCCUCGCAACCAAGACCCACCCCUAACGACCCACGAGCUCCACAUCGGCAACGUAAA